AUAGACAGCCAUACAUCUGUUUAUUUUGUAUUAAAUACAGAAAGAAAGAAAGAAAGCUACGUUACGUGAUGAUGUGCAUAAAUAAAGGAAGAUAUUACUAACUCUCUCUCACGUGGAUUUCAUUUCAAAACUAAACCAACCAGUUUUCAGAGAAGACAAUGACUAGUUCCGAUCAAUCUCUGUCGCACAAUGUCUUUGUCUACGGCAGUUUCCAAGAACCAUCCGUCGUCAGUUUGAUCCUCGGAUGCAAUCCGGUCGCCGUCUCCGCUCAGCUCCACGGCUUUCAUGUGUAUAGGCUGAAAGGGCGUUUGCAUGCAUGUAUCUCUCCUUCUGAGAAUGGACUUAGCAACGGAAAGAUACUAACUGGAUUGACAGAUGGUCAGCUAGAUAACUUAGAUAUGAUUGAAGGAGAUGAAUACGUGAGGAAGACUGUUGAGGUUGUAUUAAACGACACUUCUGCGAAGAUGAAAGUGGAAACUUAUGUAUGGGCUAACAAGGAUGAUCCUGAUAUGUAUGGAGAAUGGGAUUUCGAGGAAUGGAAGCGGCUUCACAUGGAGAAAUUCAUAGAGGCAGCCAAGAAAUUUAUUGAAUGGAAGAAGAAUCCGGAUGGGAGAUCAAGGGAGGAGUUUGAGAAAUAUGUACAUGAAGAUCCUAUUGUGGCCUGAAGAAUCUAUGUGCUUUUGUUUUGUUUCCCAUCGAGAUGUGUCUUGAAAUCACUCUCUCUAUCUAUAUCUUCUACUGCAAGUAAGAGCUUUAUGAGUUGAGAACAAAACACACAAAGAAUUAUCGGUUGUACUGUUUGUGUAACAUUGAGUUAGUUGUAUGCAGGUGUCGUAUCAUUAUUAUUGUACUAGUAA